AUGACAUCCCCGUUUGAUCCACGCUGGACCAAACUCCUCCACACCAACCCCUCCGGGACUGCGCGCACCAGACACCAACACACAGAGAGAGGGGGGGCACAGAAGGGGACUUUACAAGACUCACCGGGAUGUGCCUUGGCCCACGGACCGCCGGGCAGCAGCGCAGACCACAGGCAGGACGUCAAUAUCGCGGACGCAGCACCUCUGCCGGAGCCGCGUGCCCGGGGGAGCGGCGUGCGCGACACUCUCUGCGGGAGGAUGGAAGCAGACGUCACUCACAAGAGCAGUCCACAGUCCCUGGUGUUCACGGAGACGCACAUAGCACCCCGCGUCUUCCGGAGCGGGGUGGAUGGAGACUGGCAGCAGCGGAGAGAGAGCGCGGUGCCUGGUCGGUGCUGCAGCGGCGCGGACUCAGAGCUCGGGGGCUCCGGUAGCUCCAGGGGGGGGGUCACACUGAAGCACGAGUCGCUGGAUGUGACCAAACGGCUUCUGUGCUUUCUAUUCCUCCGUCCGUCUGUGGUGAGCGUGUGCACAAGUCAGCCUCAGACUUUGAACGGAGUCAGUGAUGGGGAGAGGGAGAGAGGAGAUGAAGAAGAAGAGGGGGGGAGAGAGGGAGAGAGGGAGGGGGACGUUCCUCUGGAUCCUAGCGCCCGCGCUGAGUGGGAGCUGCUCGCUUCUUGGCCCGGCGAUAAUAGGUAA